AUGGGUUCUUUUCUGGGUUUUGAGGGAUCUGGAGAGGGGUUGGUUGGUAGGGGAGGGCCCAUCUUUGUCGUAUCUAUAUAUGUUGGAAGAGGUUUUGUGCUUAUUGAAGAGGCAUUAGCAUUGAGAGAUGGCCUGAUGGAAGCAAAAGAGAAAGACUAUAGUGAAAAUGGAAGGAGAUUCCAAACUAGUAAUAGAGGCGGUUAUGAAGAUGAAGCAUGUGAGCGUUUGACGCAAACAACAGCAUCUCAGCAUACUGGUGUCAAAUUCACAUUUUUGUGGCAUUUUAAACUUCAUGCCUUUGCUGCGGUGAAUUCAAGUGGCAGAGAAAUACAGAAGCCAUGUACUUCUUCACUCUCUGAUCCACUUGUAAACUCCUCCAGAAAGAGAGCCAUGCUUCAGCUCACACCCGCCCACCCCCUCCCUCCACCACCCCCACCACCACCACCACCCCCCCUCCCUCCACAAAGCCUCUCCUUCUCUAUCCUCCAAAGCUGUCAAACCCUCAAAGAAGCCACCCAGCUCCACGCCCUCUCCCUCAAAACCGGCGCCUUCACCAACCCCUCCAUCGCCUCCCGCCUCUUGUCCCUCUACGCAAACCCCUCCAUCAACCACCUGCCCUACGCCCUCUCCGUCUUCUCCCACCUCCCCAACCCCAAUCUCAUCUCCUUCAACCUCCUCCUCAAAUCCCACCUCCUCAACCACCGCUCCCACGACGCCCUCCUCCUCUUCUUCCGCCUCCUCCACCACCAUGCGCCCGACAACUUCACGCUCCCCUCCGUCGUCAAGGCCUGCGCGCGCCUUGGCGCCGUUGCGGAAGGGAAGCAGGUGCACGCGCUCGCCCUGAAGAUUGGAUUAGGGUUGGAGAUGUAUGUGCAGAGCAGCUUGGUCAGCUUGUACUCGAAAUGUGGAGCAAUUGAAUGUGCACGGAAGGUGUUUGAUGAAAUGCGUGAGAGGGAUUUGGUGGCGUGGAACUCACUGAUUGAUGGGUACGCGAGGUGUGGGAGGGUUGACGUUGCGGUGGAGCUGUUUGAGGAGAUGGAGGAGAGGGAUGAGUUUUCGUGGACGGUUUUGGUGGAUGGGCUGUCGAAAUGUGGGCAUGUUAAGAAGGCUAGGGAGGUUUUUGAGAGAAUGCCGAGUAAGAAUGUGGUUUCGUGGAAUGCUAUGAUUAAUGGGUACAUGAAAGGUGGGGAGUUUGAGAAGGCAAGGGAGUUGUUUGGUCGGAUGGGGAGUAGGGAUGUGAUAAGCUGGAAUUCGAUGAUUUCUGGGUAUGAGUUUAAUGGGCGGUUUGGGGAGGCGUUGGAGUUGUUUCGAGAAGUGUUGGAGGAGGAUGUUAGGCCGACUCCUGCUACAUUGGUCAGUGUGCUUUCUGCGGUUUCGGGAUUGGCUGCUUUGAGUAAGGGGAGGAUAGUUCAUUCUGUGAUGGUGAAACAUGGGUUUGAAUUGGAGGGUGUGCUUGGUACGUCGUUGAUAGAUAUGUAUUCUAAGUGUGGAAGCAUAGACAGUGCAAUGGCUGUGUUUGAAGGGAUACAGAGGAAGAAAGUGGGGCAUUGGACGGCUAUAAUUGUUGGUUUAGGAAUGCAUGGCAUGGCUGACCAGGUUCUUCAGCUGUUUCUGGAAAUGCGCACAAAUGGGAUGGAGCCUCAUGGUAUAACUUUUAUCGGAAUCUUGAAUGCUUGCAGCCAUGCUGGAUUGGUUGAUCUUGGUCGUUACUAUUUCAAUAUGAUGAGAAAAGAUUAUGGUAUUGAACCCACAAUUGAGCACUACGGUUGCUUAGUGGACAUUUUAUGUCGAGCUGGCUGUUUGGAUGAGGCAAAGGAUAUCAUUGGGAGUAUGCCAAUGAAACCAAACAAAUUCAUUUGGAUGAGUUUACUUAGUGGCGCUCGGAUCCAUAAAAAUGUUGAAAUUGGUGAUUAUGCUGCUCAACAUCUGAUUGAGGUGUCUCCAGAUACUAUUGGAUGCUACGUUGUGCUCUCUAACAUGUAUGCUGCAGCUGAUCAGUGGGAGAAAGUUUCACAUGUAAGAGAAAUGAUGAAAAAGAGAGCUGUCAGAAAGGACCCGGGAUGCAGUAGCAUAGAACACAGAGGUAUGCUUCAUGAGUUUAUUGUAGGCGACAAAUCCCAUCCCCAGACAAAAGAGAUAUAUUCCAAGUUGAGUGAGGUGAGAGAGAAACUGAAAUCUGCAGGACAUGUUCCCGACACGAGCCAAGUUUUAUUGUGUCUUGAGGAUGAAAAGGAGAAGGAAGCUGAACUGGAAAACCAUAGCGAGAGAUUGGCUAUUUCAUUUGGUCUCAUUAAUUUGGAACCGAGGAGUCCUAUUCGCAUCAUAAAGAAUCUUCGUGUCUGUAAUGAUUGCCAUUCUGUCACUAAAUUCCUUUCCAAGAUCUAUAAUCGUGAAAUUGUUGUCAGAGAUAAUAGCCGUUUCCAUCACUUCGCCAAUGGGUCAUGUUCUUGCAAAGAUUUUUGGUGACUGACGUCUUAACCAGCUGGCUUUCACGCACAUGAUAAUUCCCUCAAGCAAGAAGCAGCUUACCUAUUUGUGCUUGCACUCGUCAAAUUGGAGAAGCAAAUGGUAAUAUAGACAGAUAAGGAAUUCAACCACAAACGAGCUGGGUCUUUUUACUGGAUAAAGUGCUUUUGAUACAAGCAGUUUCUACUAGGAAAUUGCAUCAGAACUUGCUUCGGAAAAUAGAUUACAUCAGAACUAAUAGAUUCCCAGAGAAACAACCUCAACAAAAUCUAGAAGUUUGGGUAGUGUUGCAGAUCAAAAGUAUCAACUUAAACUUCUUCACUUUCUGGGAUGAAGUUUGUGGCAUAAGCCCAAGCAUUGUUAGCAAUUGGAUCAGGAACAUGGUCAUAGAGGUUCUCAAUAGGACCCUUUCCAGUGACAAUAGCCUGAACAAAGAAUCCAAACAUGGAGGUCAUUGCCAGCCGCCCAUUUUUCAGUUCCUUCACCUUCAGUUCAGCGAAGGCAUCAGGAUCAUCAGCUAGUCCAAGUGCGUCAAAUGAUCCUCCUGGGUAAAGUGGAUCCAGACCCUCACCAAGAGGGCCUCCACCAACUCUGUACCCCCCAAUGAAGCCCCUGGACGGCCCAGAUUGCCAGGAUGCUCUGGGCGUGGAUAAGGGUUGGGUUGCCGAGGUAGUCCAGGCUGCCCUCGGAAAAGAUUUGGGACCCGGCCUUGAACCAAACAGCCUCACCGAACUUGACACCAUUUUUGGACUAGACUUCUGGAAAGACGCAGCCCAAUGCACCAAGCAUAGCCCACCGGCUGUGGAUCACCUCAAGCUCACGGUUCUUGGCAAAUGUCUCGGGGUCUGCAGAUAGUCCAGCAGUGUCCCAUCCGUAGUCACCUGGGAAUUCACCAGUCAAGUAGGAUGGAGUUUGCUCAGAGAAUGGUCCCAAGUAUUUUGGGCGGUCAGGACCAUACCUGUUUUGUCAUAUGCAGUCUAAAGUGUGUCAGCAUAAGCUCAAGCUCUUCAAAGGUAUGAUGUAUACAUACUAAUGAACAUAUAUGUACUCUUAUACUUAAAAGCACUGAAGUACUAUAUACUGCUAAAAGACUACCAUUGUAUGUUGAUUGUUUAAUAUUUCAAUGCCAAAAGUUGUUUUAUUACUGACU